AUUCCAUGUAUAUUUAUACGACCACAAGUUCGUCAGAGUCAUCCUUUGACGCCUUCUUUCUUCUCUGCCUCGGCUCUCUGCCUCCGGAGGAAGAGAGAGUGAAGGAAGUGCCGAAUUGGGUGGGAAAGAGAGAAAGGAAGACAAGGAUCGUCCCAGCUCAGGAACGAUGUCUUCUCCUUCAACUGGAUCCACUGACGUCCACUGCAACCCAUUUGAUGCAGUAGUUAGAGAGCAAACCAUUGUGGCGCCUCUAGCAGAUGACAAUAGCUCCUUUGAUUGCCAAACACCCGGGGUCUUAGAUGGCUUAGACCUCUAUAUAAAUGAUCUGUGUUUCAGUGAAAUUCCUACUGACAGGAUAGGUUUAUUUGGCAAUAACGUCAAUUACAGUAUCUUUUCUGAUCAUGAAUUUUCUGGGACAAAUUUGAUAUAUGACGCCACAGACGGAUUUAUGCUUUUUCCCUCCCUUGAGAAAACAAUGGAGGCAACAGAUUCCCAUUAUGGGGCUUCUUGUGAAGAGACUCAGCAGAUGUCUGAUAAUACAUGGUUUCACUACAUGUGCCAUCAGGCUAAAUCCAAUGAAGAAUUUGAAGCCAGCCGCUGUCAGAUUGAUUCCAAUGAAGUAGAUUAUUCUGAUCCAGAGUCCUUUAUUAAAAGUUUUUUUGACCUGUCAGAUGAAUCUUAUUCAUUGCCUGCACUGGUAAGCAAGGAAACAAGCAAAAAGAAGCAUACCCUUGUUCUUGAUUUGGAUGAAACACUAGUCCAUUCUACAUGGGAGCCAUGUUAUGGCGUUGACUUCACAAUCCAGUUCAAUGAUAAUGAUAACAAGGACCAAACUAUAUAUGUACGGAAAAGGCCCUUCCUUGAGGUAUUUUUGGAAAGAGUGUCAGAGAUUUUUGAAGUCAUCAUUUUUACGGCUAGUCAAAGGUGUUAUGCAGAAAAGCUUCUGGAUGUUCUUGAUCCAGAUAGAAAAUUUUUCUCUGAUAGAAGAUACCGGGAUUCAUGCAUCUUAUUAGAUGAGGUGUACACUAAAGAUUUGACAGUUCUCGGCAUUGACCUGGCAAAAGUAUUUAUACUCGACAAUUCUCCUCAGGUAUUCAGGUUGCAGCCUGAUAAUGGAAUUCCAAUUGAAAGUUGGUUUGACGACUCUUCUGAUUCUUGUCUGAUGUCCUUGCUUCCAUUUCUCGAGACGCUCGUCGAUGUGGACGAUGUUCGACCUGUCAUUGCAAAGAAGUUCAGGGCUUGGAGGUUUUAGUGGUUUCAACUUAGUUUCUCCUCUAUUGGAUUGGUGGAUCUCUUCGUCUUCUCUGUGAAGGAGAGUAGCUACAAUCAUAGUCCUAGGAUUACAUGUCCAAUUGUCCAUAUUCAGUGAGUUCAGAUGACCCCACUCAAGUAUAUAUGUGUGUGUGUGUCUCUUUGGUGUGUUUAGGAGAUACUUUUGUCUCUACCAAAACCCCUAAGAAAAACACAGAAUAGUUUUGCCUAGAAAUAGUUUUUUUUUUUUUCUCCUCUUAAUAAUUUAGCUACGCUUCUUGGGUUGGGUUUUUAGUUGUUUUCUAUAUAGGGAGUCUUUUCAUAAGCGGCUUGGUGCCCAAAUUGCCAGAUUUGUAAGUAAAAUUUUGCUUAUAAUGCAAUGAUUUGGUUUGAAGUAUA